CAAGGAAGUGCUGCUGUGCGCGUCCUUCACUGCCUAGUGCUGCUGUAACCAAACUCGUUACAAAACUCUUGUUUUUGUUGAUUUUUUGGGGUUUUAUGGAGUGACAGGAGCGAAUUGCAAAAGACAGAGAUCCCCCGAGUCAAGACGUGAUGACGGCUCCAAGUUCAGCAGAGAGGAAGGCAUGCUGGGAGGCCAGGGACCAGCUGUGGAGAUGUCUGGAUGACAAUAAUGACAAAGCAGCAUGCUGCCAGAACUUUCAGAGCGAAUUUGAGGCAAAAUGCCCGGCUCAGUGGGUGAAAUAUUUCAUGAAGAGGAGGGACUUCUUGAAAUACAAGGAGAAGAUGCAGACAGAUGGCUUCACACCUGCUGAAGGCCCCAAGCAGCCCUCCUAAUCACAGAGCAGUAGACUGAACAUCUGCAGACUGACUGACUAUUGGACUCAUUCAGACCAUGGCCAGAGGUGAAGGAGUUGGCAGCAGUUUUCUAACUUGAUUGUGGACAGAGCACCUGUACUUCAUCUUUAUCAUUAUUUAUUUGUACAGAGACAUAAGCUGCACCAGGACACAAUACAUUUAAAGAACUUCAAAUGGCAGCGUGAACGAGCGUCCAUCCUCAGAAAUAUGUGGCGUCAGAUCAUGUUUACCAACCCAGCUUGUCUGAGACGCUUUGUAACCAUGGAAACCAGAAGGACAAAAGAGGGAAAAGAUCCAAAUGUAAUGAAUCCAGUUUUCUUAGUUCACCUGAAAAUUACAUGUAAUGUUGUCACUUGUCAAAGUUCAAAUUUUAAGAAAAUUAAGUUGUAAUACUUAUGAUUAAUGCAGGCCUUACACAUAUUCUUACAUACCGUACAUGCUCUCCCACACACACACACACUAAUCCUCAUACUGCCCAAGAUUAUUUUUCUGUGAUUGUUUAUUGACGACAAACCACUUCAUUUGUUAGCAGCCAUUGUUUUAUGUGUCCAGAGCACAGAGGGUUGUUCUGUUGUUUGGCUCGAAUGAUGUUUUUGUGCAUUCGAACCAGUCAUGAGUCUCGAUGAAUUCAAUUAUACUUGAGUGACAACAAAUCCAUGUUGAUCUUUACUAAUUGCUGAUACAUAUUUUUUAAUUUCCAGGCCUCAUUAAGCAAAAUCUCAAAAGUGUGACUGGCGUGUUGUUUGUGAAUAAAUAAAAUCAACUCAGUA